UCUGUAGAACGCGCACGGCAGUGGAAAGUUUCAUAGUCACUAACGGGUACGCGCAUCCAAGGGACAACAACCACAGGGGAGAACGCGCUGAAAUCAACAGAGAAAUGGGUCGUCUAACCGUACUGUUACUCUUGGCUCUUGUGGUCUCAGUUGUGUCCAAACGAGGUGGAGGUAGUAAAGGUGGAUUCAGCUGGGGCAAAACUGGUGGUAGCUCAAACAAAGGUGGAACCAGCACCGGAAACCGAGGCAGCAGCAGCAGCAGCAAAACUAAAGGCUCACACUCGGCCCCAGGAAAUUACCCUCGCCAACCUCAAGUACCAAAUCAGAAUCCACCCACCUACCCUGGGCGCGGUGGUAACCCAGCGCCAGGUGGAUACCCAGCGCAAGGUAACUACCCAGGGCGUAGUGGUUAUCCAGGACAAGGUGGUUACCCAGCGCAAGGUAGCUACCCAGGUGGAGGGUCAUAUCCAGGCGCAGGUGGUUCUUACCCCAACAGGUACCCUGGACAAGCCGGAGGGUAUGGAAACCCCUACCCAGCUGGAGGCUCUUAUCCAGGGUAUCCAAGCCGAGGGGGUUCCUACCCUGGUGGGGGUGUGGCAGGAGCAGGCUCAUAUCCAGGUGCUGCCCAGUACCCUUACUGGAACCCCAAUAACAAAAUCAUGAGCCCAGGUUACGGUGGCAACUACGGUGCUCAAGGGUACGGUUACGGUGGUGGUAGAUCACCUUUCGCCCAGUCAGUACAGAACAUGGGUAUGGCCCCUUCUUACAAAUCAAAGGGGUUUGGCAGGCAGGCAGUUAUGGCUGCUGGAGUCGGGGCGGUGGCCGGAAUGGCUCUGGGAUAUGGCCUUGGGAGUUUCCCCCGCCCCCAUUUUCAUUUCCACAGCCCGCAGGAGGAAUACUACUAUAAUAACUACAUGUACAAACGUUAUGGCCAAACACCCCCUAAUGGUAAUGUGAAUCAGAAUGGGAACUCUCAAGGUGGCGUGCCAGGUGAUUCUGGUUUAACCUCUGCGGAUCAAAGAAAGGGUAACCCAUAUGACAUCUUCCAGAAUCCUCCACCUCAGUCAUAUGACAACUUCAUGGACAAAUGCAUUAAGAGGACAGACUUGCUGCGACAGGAAAGUAGAUCGAAGAGAUUCAUGGAGUUCUCUGAGCCUGAAGCUACACCAGGUGGUGAACUUUCAGUCGAAGGCGAUAGUCCCAGCGUUGCUCAAGAAGAUGCCAUGAGCAACAACAGUACAGUUGAAAGAGCCACGUCAAAAACCAGUACAGAUGCCCCCUCGUUUGUAACCUCAAAGCUGUCCGAAACACAGAGUCAACCUCAAAGACAGACUCAGGAAAGUGCAGCAGAAGAAGCCAAGGAAGAUGACGAUACCGUGAGCAUUAUGGAGAUUGGCUAUCCUGUGCUAAUUGAGCAAAUGAAGGCACGGCGUUGUGUCGAGCUGUAUAUGGUCUACGCAGAACAAUAUGCGGAAAAACAGGUGCAAGAACGCAGCAACAUCAAUGAUCAAACCAACAGUGGCAGUGGUGACCUGCAUGGACCCCUUGGCCAUGGAGUCAUGCUACUUCUUACUAGCAUUCUGUCUGUUAUCUUUAGUUCCCUGCUACAUUGACAUUACUGGAAAGGGUUGCAGGUGAUGCCAUUGAGGCAGAUGUGUGAAAAUAUUACUGAAAAUGAUCGUGAGCACCCAUCAUAUUUUAUUUUAGGAAUUCAUCUUGGAUGUUUAUAGCGUAUCAAAAAGGUACUCUAGUUUUAAAAAACUACUUGAAGAGUCAACUGAAAGUACCAACACUUGGUUUCCUUUAAUGAGCCACCUAAUAAUUUGACAUCGGCAUUAUUGUUGAUGUCAACACAUUUCAUAGAUAAAACUUUCCAUAAGAGUUGAGAACUUUUACAUACACUGUAUUUUCUUUUUCUGAAAUGACCAGUUGUUCAGUUCCUAUCACUGCCAGUGACAUUGUCGCAUGUGGUUUUGUACACUCUUCUACUGACUUCGCUUCCAAAACAUUAUAUUGCAUGACACUCUAUUAACCCCAGUUUAAACUAAGAGAUGCAUGGUAUUUGGGUUCCGCCUGUUGUUUUACACUGGCAACAGCUAUAGAGACAAACCAGUUUUUUGUAUUACAUGAGAAGGUGGCUUCCAGUUCUGUUCUCAUGACCACACUCCUACUUGUGUAGUAAAUGUUGAAAAUCUUGUGUUAGUUAUUUCUAUUUUUGAUUUUUUUGAACUGUUAACCUAUUGAUCUACUUUCUACUGACACAUUUAUUACUUUUAAGUUAUUAUGAAGUUUUUAAUUGUUUUUUCAUAGCUCUCCACUGUUUGUUUUAUUUAUUUUUUAGUUCAUCUGAAUGAUCAUAUCUGUUUGUUUUCAGCCUAUUACAUAUAAUACAUAUAUACAUGUUCUAUGACACGGAAAAACUUAAAAUUUAGCGCAUCUUGUUACGCUCUACAAAGCUGUACGAGCUUGUUGCUGUGGUUUCUCUAAACAAUUUUGCUAAACACUCAAGUAGAUCAUCAAUUUAGUUUAGCAAUCAUUUACCUAGAUGGACUGUGGCAACCACUGGAUGAACAGCAGGAGGCAAUGCUUAAGGCCUUAUUGUUACUCAGCUGCAUAUGUAAUGUUAUGCUUUUGAGAUGUUGUGAAUGUUUAAGAUUUUUAAAAUGUUGCUAUCACUGAGAGUAAAUUGAUUAUGAACCUUA